ACUCCAAUCCCAUCUUGACCACGAGAGGAAAAAAAAUCCAAUCUUAGACCCGAUAAGUUCGGGUAUAUUUGCCAUCCUCCUGAGCUUUGGUUGGAAAGUUUUAAGGCUCUUAAAUUAGGGAAUGGAAAAGGCCCAAUUGUCCCAAAAAUAUUUGGGAUUAAAGGCCCAUUUUGCCAUUCGUUUCUUCUUAGCCAACCCUUUCUUUUCAUUCUGGUUUGAGGUUUCACUCUGCUCAAACAAAAAGAAAAGUAGUAACUAAUAGCCAGCAACCAAAUCAAGGCUUUCGUUUUGAUUUGAUAAGAAAAAAGGAUUUUGAUUUGAUACUCACUUUAAACCUGCAAACGUAACCCUUUAAUGUUCUAAAAAAAUGGGAUUUGGGGCUCUUAGAACUAUCGUUCGACCGCUAUGUCGCACUCUCCUAUCCCGGGCCUCCCCUGCUUCCGCAACUACUUCGAGUCUGUCCUCUUCCUCGUGCCCAAAACCCGGUUUCAACUCCUUCUUGGGUGGGUCAAUUUACCGCCAAUCUCCAUGGAUCUCGAUAUCCAGUCAGUUGCAUAGCUUAACGGAUACUCGUUACCCAAAGAGAAGGCCCCAAGACAAGCCACGUCGGAAAAGAGCCAGCUUGAAACCCCCAGGGCCGUAUGCAUGGGUAAAGUAUACACCAGGGGAGCCAAUUCUUCCAAAUAACCCGAAUGAUGGGAGUGUCAAAAGAAGGAACGAGAAAAAGAGAAUGAGGCUGCGUCGUGCAUUUAAGUUGGCAGAGGCAAAGAAGAGGAAAGCUCAGUUGCAGGAGGCUAAAAGGAAGAAGGAGAUUAAGCAAGUAGAGCGAAAGAUGGCUGCAGUGGCAAGGGAAAGAGCAUGGGCCGAAAGGCUGGUGGAGUUGCAGCGGCUCGAGGAAGAGAAGAAAAAGGCCAUGACUUGAAGCAUUGCUUGCUCGUAGACUUAGUCUUCUGAUGCUACGCUGCUUUUGAGACAUCAAACCAACUUUCUAUAAGCCUCUUGUUUGUUUUUCCUUCCUAAUGUUUGGUUAAGCCAGCCGGUACCCAACUUAAUGGCAUUUGGAGAUCUGAUAUUGUUGGAAAUUUGUUUUGUGUGCAGGAUUAGGAACACAUAAGAUGUUGCGAAGUUCCAUGUGGCUUUUACAAACCAUGAGCUUGAUUCUUUUCCCCUUUUCCAUCUGUUAUUUGAGUCCUUUUGAGGACUUAUUAUUGAACUGUUAAAAAAGGAUAUGAAAUAAGUUAGAAUUAAAAUUUAUUUUAUGACGAUGCUUGUGAUGUCUGAUUGAAAGAAUGGCCUAACAAAAAGUCAUAGAAAAGGGAGAAAGUUUCUUUUAAAAUAAUUGCUUCUGCAUGUGUAAAAUGAGAUCAGUGAACUCCUGCACACUACAAAGUAGAAACACUCCUGUAAAGCAGCAGGACUAAAAUAGUAUUGAAGAGAUGGCACAAAUGGAAGCAAAUACAUGUGAAAGC